AUGUGUUUCAUUUUGGAGGUUUUUGUGGGAAAGAUACUGUGCAACGGGCGAGCAGCAGCUCUUGGUACCGUGUGCUGGGAUUUGGCAAAUAAGCGUGUCAUCAGUAAUUCAUUUAUUUUAGACGAUCCAGACCUGAAAGAUAUUGACCCUACGGUAUUAAAACAUUGCCAUGCUGCGGCUGCAACGUGUAUUCUGGAGGCUGGAAAGCAGAAAGCUGACAUAUCUGCUAUAAGCACAUGUCUAGAAGACUGUAUGCUGGAUAAAGAGAGAAUAGAACAAUUUUGCACCGAAUAUGAGAAAAACAAGGAUGCACUGGAAAUCCUAUUGGGAAGCAUAGGCAGAUCUCCUCUCCACAUAACUGAUGUGUCUUGGCGCUUGGAAUAUCAGAUCAAGAGCAAUCAACUUCAUAAAACUUACCAGCCUUCCUACUUGGUGACCUUAAAUGUAGAGAACGGUGAUUCAGGAUCACACCCAGAUGUUAGUUUUACCUGCACGAUGGAGCAAUUACAGGAUUUAGUUGGAAAACUAAAAGAUGCUGCAAAAAGUCUAGAAAGGGCGACUCAGAUGUGA